UCUGUGGCGGUAAACCGGUUCGUGUGGAGGGCGUGGAGUGUGGAUGACAGUGUCUUAGGAUCUCCAGAUUGGCGUCCAGAUCUCGGGGCCAGGUCUACACAGCCGGCUUUGUGUGGGAGGACACGUGUCCUCUUCUCCCACGGAGUGGUCUCACGUUCCUGCCAGGCGCUCCCACCCCGGGGUCGGAAGGUCUGGGCUUCUAUCAGGGCCUCAGCUCCAGAUAUGUGGACAGCAGAUGAGAUUGCUCAGCUGUGCUACACACACUAUAGUGUCAAACUGCCCAAGCAGGGGAAACCUGAGCCAAACCGUGAAUGGACUUUGUUGGCAGCGGUCGUGAAGAUACAGUCUCCCUCUGGCCAAACUUGUGACACCACUGAUAAGGAGGUGCAAGUGACAAAGGAAGUUGUCUCAAUGGGAACAGGGACGAAAUGUAUAGGCCAGACCAAGAUGAGGAAGAGCGGAGACAUCCUCAAUGACAGCCAUGCUGAGAUCAUAGCCAGAAGGAGUUUCCAGAGAUACCUUCUCCAUCAGCUCCAUUUGGCAGCCGUCCUGAAAGAGGAUAGUAUCUUUGUGCCAGGAACUCAAAGAGGACUGUGGAAGCUCAGACCUGACCUGUCUUUUGUGUUUUUCUCUAGCCACACACCCUGUGGGGAUGCUUCCAUCAUCCCGAUGCUUGAGUCUGAAGAACAACCUUGCUGUCCUGUCGUCAGAAAUUGGGCCAACAACUCAUCUGUAGAAAGGAGUGAGAAUCUAGAGGAUUCCAAAAAUAAAAGGAAUUGUGAGGACCCUGACAGUCCUGUAGCCAAGAAGGUGAAGCUUGGAACUCCUGCCAGGGAGCUCUCCGGCUGCGUGGCUCACCAUGGGAUGCCGGAAAGUGGUAAAAUCAAACCAGAUGUCAGCAGCUCUAAUCUCACCAAGGAGGAACUCGCCGCUGCCCAUGGAAUAGCUCCAGGUAGUUUCAAAGUGGUGGAUGUGUAUAGAACAGGAGCCAAGUGUGUCCCUGGAGAGACUGGAGACUGGAGAGAGCCAGGUGCUGCCUACCACCAGGUGGGGCUGCUUCGAGUAAAGCCAGGCAGGGGCGACAGGACAUGCUCCAUGUCCUGCAGUGACAAGAUGGCAAGGUGGAGCGUCCUCGGAUGCCAAGGCGCACUGCUGAUGCACUUCCUGGAAAAGCCCAUCUACCUGUCCGCCGUGGUCAUUGGGAAGUGCCCGUACAGCCAGGAGGCCAUGAGGAGAGCCUUGACUGGCAGGUGUCAGGACAUCAUGGCUUUACCCAGAGGCUUUGGAGUUCCUGAACUGAGAAUAGAGCAGUCAAGUUUACUGUUUGAACAGAGCCGCUGUGCAGUGCAAGUGCAGAGAGCCGACGGACCAGGCCGGCUCGUUCCUUGUGGGGCAGCUAUCAGCUGGAGUGCUGUUCCUGAGCAUCCUUUAGAUGUGACUGCCAACGGUUUUCCACAGGGAACAACCAAGAAAGAAAUUGGAAGCCCUCGAGCCAGAUCCCGAAUCAGUAAGGUGGAACUCUUUAGAUCAUUCCAGAAGCUGCUGAGUAGCAUUGCAGAAGACAAGCAGCCAGACUCUGUCAGGGUGCAGAAGCUGGACAGCUAUCAGGAGUACAAGGAGGCUGCAGCUGCCUACCAGGAAGCCUGGAGUGCGCUCCGGAGGAAACAGCCCUUUGCAUCCUGGAUCAGAAACCCUCCUGAAUACCACCAAUUUAAAUGAGCUCCUGCUGCCAUCAGGACCCUUCCUAUUGACCUGCCCUUCUUCAUGCUGCGCAAACCUCUGCUUUUCCGGUGCUUAAGUCAGAGAAGAAAGAAACGCCUUCUUCCAGAGUGCUGCACCUCAGUGUCAGUAAAGAUGGAACCUAUACCUCAUCAAUCUGU